AUGGAUUGUGGAGACCUUCGGAACUACGUUAACAGUGAAAAGUUUCUAUUGGAAGCAGAAGCACGACGGAUUUUUCGGCAGCUAGUGGAUGCCACGAACGCUUGUCACCUUGUGGGUGUGUGCCACAGGGACAUUAAAUUAGACAACAUCUUCGUAGACGAAAACAAAAACAUCAAGCUUGGAGGCUUCGGAUUAGCGGCAGUAGGGGGAGAUCUUCAUCGACUCCGUGAGCAUUGUGGAAGUUAUGUUUAUGCAGCACCUGAAAUACUGAACCAGCAGGAAUAUGACGGAUUCCAGGCUGACAUCUGGAGUCUGGGUGUUUGUCUUUUCGCCAUGGUCUGUGGGAGGCUGCCUUUCACGACACGUCAGGACCUACAGGAAUUUCUUGAGGCCGUUUCUCUGAAAGUUAUAUUUACCAAGAAAGUAACCAAAGCUUGCCGUGACAUUGUUCGACGAAUGCUAAACCCCGUUCCCGAGAAGCGACCUACGCUUAAAGAGAUUCGCCGUAGCGUAGAGCAUGGCUACUUCCAAGACCAGAAAUAUCAUCGAGAACCAACCCUAAAUUAUGUCACUUCUUUUCUCACUUACGUAGCCAAACGAACUCGCAG